AACAACAAUGGCGACGAUCAGCUGACGUUCAGUGGGCUUGGUCGACGAGUUGCUUCUUGAGUUUUCGUCAUUUCCAGCUUAAAAAUGACCAAGAAAGCGGUUCAAUGAUAUACGAACAUGUCGUCUGAAAGCGAAACAGACGAGUUCUUCGAUGCCUUUGACACGACGCCUCAAAGACAGUCAGCGAGGGCAGACGAAGGGGCAGCUGUCGAAGUACCGCCAAAGAGUCCAAAAGAGCAACAAUGGAAGGGAUUAGAGCACACCUCUUCCAUUGGGAGUAUGACCAUUGGUCAGGAACUGCUCCAGUCUGUGGAAAAAAAGAUAAAUCAAUCAAGUUCCACAUCAACUUUGAUGCAGCCGCCGUCCCAGCCAUUUCUCCACCCACUCAAGGCUUUCCAGUCUGCAAAAGAUCUGAGGAGUGGAGAACAGGCCAAAAUAGAGAUUUCUCCAGGAGGUCUAGAAAAAGAAGAAAGAAUUAGUCUGAGUGGCCUUAGUGCAGGCAAGCGUGAUGUUGAGGAGUCCAGCAGUGCAUGUAGUGGGUCACUUCUAGGAAAUUUGGGCGAUGAUGAUGAUGAUGAAGCUGCCCCAAGAGUUCGUUCUGGUGGGAGAAGACGGACUCGGCACCGGGAGGUUCGGAAGCAGAUGCAGACGGAGGAUGAUGACCCUCCCUUUCUCCCAUCCCCAGCCGGGAGCCAGUCCUCAUCCCUGGAAGGAAUUUAUCCCCAAGGGAGAACCUCCCAUCCCUUUAGAGUUGUAGAGCAUGACACUGCAAGUGUUUACAGCUCAGUAUCUUUAGGAAAGGUUGGGAAGAUCCCAUCAGGGACAGAUGGGCACACUAUACGAGAAAGCCAUGUAGGGCCGGAAAUUGAGGCACUCUCAGAAGACAAGGUGUUAGAACAGCCUCUAGCAGACCCACCUAAGGAUGUGUUAUUGCCAGGAAAUAUGAUAAGUCCAGCAUGUGAAGGGAGAAUGAACCAGCAAACCAGACGACGGAGGUCAAACCAACUCUACUACCCCCAUUGUUUCCUUCCGCAACAACUGUCAAGAGAGCAAGUCCAACUAAUCCAUUACAAAGAACCAGAUUUGGUAGCAAGCACAAAAAGCAGUUCAGGAAGCGACAAGUCCAAUAGUCUUCCUCGUACUGCGCAGGAAACCCCUCCAGCAGGUACUCUGGGUGAGCCAGCCCCCUCGCCCCUUCACCUGCCUCAUGCUGAACCCCCAAGAGAAGAACAAGCUCCAGAAUUACCAUCUUCUCCGGCAGUUGUCCCUGUUCCGCCCUCUCAGAAUGGGGAGCAGGUCCAGGUGGUAGAUCCAUGUGCAGUUACCCAGGCUGUCCCGUUGGCACCAAUUGUUUCUCAAGAGGUGCCCCAGGUCAUGUGUCCACCUCCAGCUCCUGCUUCUGCUGCUGCUCCUCCAGCUCCUGCUCCUGCUGCCAGCACUGUACCUGUAGCCCCUCCAAGGAGACGACGCAGGAAUCGGUUGAACACAGAUGAUGAUACAGCAAGUCUGGCAAGUGUUUCAUCAUUACCUUCACCAGCCCUCACUCUCACAACAGUUGAUGCCAUUAGCAUUGGUCAGUCUUUAGAUCUUCGUCAAGCCGUCCGGGGAGAUUAUUUGGUGAAGCCUCAGGAUUCAGAAAAUGCCAAAGCAGUGGGACCAAGUGCAGAGGAGAUAGCCAGAAUAGAAGCAGAGGACACGACCAGCCAAGCAUCCACUCCUGAGGUGUCCAGAGCCCCGAGUCGACUUGCUAACACAGGGCAACAACCAACCUCAUCAGAAGGAACACCAGAUACCCCUGGCACCCCAGGCUCCCUGCCUCCUGAUACUCCUACAUCAGAUGCUGCAGCUAGUCCAGCUUCUAGUAGUGAUGGACAGAAGAAGCAGUUGAAUUUGAUGGUUCGAACACGCUCAGAUUCUGGGAAGGAGCUCUCAGAUGCGGAAUGGUUUUUGCAGUCUCCUGUUGACUUUGAUGCCUUCAUGAGUGACAAAGAAAUUCUGAAACAAGUGACUGUGCUGAACUUAGAUACUGGGGAACGAAUUCCUCUUAGUGAUGCGGAAAGUUGUCUCCCACCAGCACUCAACCCACUCUCUCUACACAUUAUGAGACUUACCAGUGAAUACGUCAGUAACUCUAAUGUGGAUGGUCAAGAAUCAGACGAAGAGAGUGUGACAGAUGUCAUCGCAAAGAAACUUCCAGAAAUUGAUAGUUCAGCAGUGAAGAAGAAAACAUCUCAGCUGAAAAAAUUCCUUGGUCGCAAAAUGGAGUCAGCUGUGAACAAGGCCAAGUCGCUAGCACACGAGGUUUCCCACAGACACAGAGAGGAGAAGGACGUGUUUGAAGAUGAUGCCCCAGCUCAUGAUACUAUGCAAUAUGUUAAGAUCAAAACUGCUCACAGCCACAAGGGACCCCAUGAGUUUGACAACCUGAUGUAUGUCCAGGAAAUAACAGGCGAGCACACAGGCCCCAUUUGGUGCAUGAAAUUCAGUGGUUGUGGCCGAUUACUUGCUACUGCUGGGCAGGAUCAUGUGCUGAGGGUAUGGGUACUGAAGCAGGCCUUCAAUUACUUCCUUGACAUUAGGACAAAGUGUAAUGCUGAUAUCAAGGUAUCUCCAACACCGUCCCAAGAAUCAUUGGUGUCUCAGCACUCCGGCCAGUCAGGGGAAGACCUCGGCUCGCUUGACCCCAAUGACGAUGGCAGUGCUCCCUUCAUGCCCAAACCAUUCUGUGUAUACACUGGCCACACUGCAGACAUGCUUGACAUAUCAUGGUCUAAGAAUUACUUUUUAUUGACUUCAUCAAUGGACAAAACUGUUCGUCUGUGGCACAUAAGUCGGAAGGAGUGUUUAUGUAUCUUCCAGCAUAUGGAUUUUGUCACAGCAAUAACUUUUCAUCCUAAGGAUGACCGUUACUUCAUAUCUGGUGCCCUAGACGGAAAGCUACGACUUUGGAGCAUCCCCGACAAGAGAGUAGUGCUGUGGAAUGAGGUGGGAGGUCAACCAAACCUGAUUACGGCUGCAAACUUCUGCCAGAAUGGUAAAUUUACUGUCGUAGGAACAUAUGAUGGAAGAUGUAUAUUCUACGAGACAGAGCAACUGAAGUACUUCACGCAAAUCAACGUCAGAUCAACAAGAGGGAAGAAUGCCAAAGGAAGAAAGAUAACCGGCAUUGAACCUUUACCGGGCGAAGAUAAGGUGCUGAUAACAAGCAACGACAGUAGAAUACGACUGUACGACUUGCGUGACUUGAACCUGUCAUGCAAAUACAAGGGCUACUCCAAUAUGUCUAGUCAGAUCCGUGCAGGAUUCAGUCAUGAUGGCAAGUUUAUUGUAGCUGGAAGUGAAAAUCAAUGUAUCUACAUCUGGAAGACUCAUCAUGACUACUCCAAAUUCUCAUCUGCAAGAAGAGACAGAAACUUGUACUGGGAAGGAGUCAAAGCUCACAGUGCUGUUGUUACUUGUGCAGUGUUUGCACCUCACCCAGAACUGGUAUUCAGCUUCAUCGAACAACAGCAGGAGAUUCUCAGCAAAUCAGGAGAGCAGGAGCAGCAGCAGCAUCCACAGCAACAGCAGCCACACCAAACGAGUCAGAAUAAGGAUAGUGGGACAACCAACAAGGGAUAUGUACUGGUAUCUGCAGACUUCAAUGGCUGUAUCAAAGUAUUUUUGAAGAAAGAAAAACCCAAGCACUCAUCAUUACCAGCAUCAGCUUUAGUGUAGAUUAAGUAGGGAGAUAUUUAGAAGUUUUGCAUUGGAAGCGGUUAUGUUGCAACAGCACUAGAAGGUGUGGAUGGUAAAAACACCCUAAUGUGUUUAUAAAAUGGCAGAAAAAACAACUAUACGCAAGUUUAUCAGGAGAAUAUUUAAAAACUGUUUUCUCAUAUUAUGCUACUAAAUGUACUUUGAGUAUAAUGUGUUUUUCUGUCACUAGGAAGCAUAAUAAUGGGCAUGAAUCCAUUACACCAUGUCCCAUUGCUAUGGUGCAUUAUGUAUUCCAUUGUAGAGCAGGGGAACUUGAUCACAGUUGUGUGGUUGAAAAUGUUGUGAAAUCUUUGGAUGGAUGGACAUUUUUAGAUUUUUUUUUUUUUUUUUUUUUUUUUUUUCUUAACUGUUUUGAUCACAGGGCAGUGAUAAUAAUUAUGCACAGUUAUUAUGUUUCACAAGUACUGUAGUCUGAAAUUAUUUUGUAAUGUAAUGAAACUAUAUCCAAGAUUAUAUCAACAUUCUAUAUCCAUAUCCUUCAAUGAAGAAUGAAGAGAAGAGUGAGUGUGUGUGGCAAGAUGAAUAAGAAACCUUGUACUUCAUAAUUAUUAUAGUUAAUGGUUGUUAUCAUUAUGAUUCUUUCCUUUAAUUAUCAUUUUAUAUUUAUAUUGCUAGUGCUAUUAUUGUUACUAUCAUCAUCAUUAGUCAUAGCUAUCAAUUUUUAUAUUUCUAUGUCAUACUUGCAUUUCAUAUUAUUUUAUGCAAAUGAUUAGGGGAAAAUUACUGUUAAUUGAAUGAUAUUAGGGAGACUUGAUAAUGAAUAAUAAAUAUUUAUGUCUGCUUGAUUUUCUGUUGAAAUUAUUGUAUUUUGUUGCAUGGAAAGGAUGUAAUUAUAAAUCUAAUGGCACUGGGUACGUCUACUGUCCACUGUAGUUUUGUUAUGUCAAGUUUGUUUACACAUAGAGGCUUCACAAGCACUAGUCACCAAGUUGUCAGUUAAUAACCCUAUAUGGCCUCACCUGUUUACCCCAUUCCUCAAAUGUUUUGACAUUAUUACUAUUAUUACAUUAUUAACAGUACUACUAGUAAUAAAAACAAACUUUUCUUUAUGACAAUUCAUGGAAUAGGGUAACUAGGUAGUAUCAGACAGGCGUAGUAAUGGACCGACUCCUUGGUGACCAAACAGUGUGGAACUACAAGAGUAUAAGCAAAAUUAAUAGACGAAAUGUUAUAGUGAACAGGAUAUGUAUAAACCUGCCAGGCAGCAACCAUUUCAUUGAAAAUAUUUGAGAACUUAAUGGACACUGUCCUCAGUAUCCACAUCAGAAAAGCACAACAAAAUAUUUUAAAUGAGUCUUUUGUCCUAUGUAUAGGCUUUUGUGUGAUACAUAAGCCUAUGUUGUAUGUAUGUAUGUAUGUAUGCAUCUGCUCUAUGCAUAAAAAAUGUAUAUGUGUGUAAAUAUGUUCUUCAAGUAGUGCGUGUGGGUGUAAAUGUGGUUUGCUUGCAUUUGGAUGCACGCUUAUCUAUGUGUGCUUUGUAUGUUAUUGUAUGAGGUUUUAGAAUGAACAGGUUGUUGUUGAGUAAAAGGUAAUGUAAAAUUAAUAAAAAUAUUGUGUAUAUUAAAAGAAUCCUUCUACAAUGUGAGCAAAGAAAAAACAGUUGCAUGAAGCUCAUCAGAUAUGUAUGAGAUGAAAUAAUAUCUUUUUAUUUAUUUAUUAUGUUUAUUAUAGUGAUAAUAAACCAUCAUUCAAGAAUGGAAUGUAAUAUUAAAAUCCUUAUACUAGUCCAAAAUAUUGCUCUGCUUUUAUGUAGUUAUUGAGAAAUGAAAUGUAAUAUGUAAGGAAGAUGUGCUAGGUCCUGCCCCAUGUAAUGUAAAUCUAUUUUCUGUUUACUUUGCUACCUUGAUGGUAAUAAAUUUUAAAAAAUGAUUACAUAUACCAUAGGGCUGUCUACUGCCAGUACACUUAAAAAGUUAUCAUACAUUUCUAGAGUUUAAAGUUUUUAUACCAGGAAAAGAAAUAUUUUUUAAGAGAUUAGUUUUAUGGAUUUUUUUUUUAGCUUUGGUGUUGAUGAUAGCUGAAAAAUGAUCUGAUACUAGAGCUGAAAAAUCACCUAUUUGAUGUAUUGAAGUCUUUAGUGCUAAGUGUGGUGAUAGUCCCAGGCCUAUGCUAAUAGGGUAAGGAAAAUAUGCUCAGUAGUGUAUGGAUGAAAACGUAUUCUGUAAAGCAGUGUUAAAAUGUUAAUAUAUCAGCAUACAAAUCUGAUAAUCUUGUAAAAAGUAUUUCAAGGUUUAUCAUCUGAACUUUACAUGCUAUAAGUCUAAUGUUUUGUUGUAUAAGGGUACUCAGUUGUAUCUUUUUUCUAUCUUUUUCUUAUCUUGGAGUCAAUUAAUUAUAUGAUUUGCUACUGUCAUUCUCAUGUACUAAGAUAAUUCAUAAAUUAGCUUAGUAGGUAGGUAGGUACAUAGACAAUAUAAAGUGAAUCAUGCAGAGUUAAUUAUAUAGAUAGUAACAGGUAGAAUCAUCAGGUAUAGAUGAGUAGAUAGUUAUCAGGUAUAGAGAAUCAUAGAGGUAGAUAUGUAGAAGUAAAUAUUUUUUGAGGCCUCUUUAGCAGGUAUGUUUGUUAAUGUUUGAUUUAGUUCCCAUAUUUUUAAAAUAUGAGCAUGACUGUAGUAAUGAAAAAAGCUUUGUGGAGGGAGAUAAGGAGACCUCUCUGAUGUAUUUGCCUCUUAAAUAGUAAUUUUAAAUCAUAUGUUAAACUCAAGAAAGGUGUACUUUCGCUUUCUUCUCAUUACAAAAAUGUAGUAAGAAAUUUGUGCAUACUGCUGUCUCAUAUUAUAAAUGGUAUUUUCUUGAUAUAUGCAAAAUACUUUUAAAGUGGAUUUGAUUGGAGAGAAAGAAGAAAACUCGGCAAAGUAUAGUGUGGAGUUUUCCUAUUCUUUAUUAAUAUAUACUACAUUAAGUUAACAUAGAAAGGUAUACUUUCAUUGGAGCAUCAUACCUCUGCUUUAUUUCUUUUAUCAUAUUUAUACUGUACUGCUGUUCUUACUUUAAAAAAAUUUCAAGUCAUUAGUUUUAUAAGUACUAGAUAAGGAAACACCACAUAACUAUUUUGUCUUCUUAUUUUGUAAGACAAUUUGUUAGGACCAUAAUCAUUCUUAACUGCAUGUUAAAAGUUUGUUGGAUCAAUUUCAAAGAAUAUAGAAGCUGAACAUUACUUUUUCGUACUUUGAAAGUAAGCUAUAGAUUGUGAGUAUGAAAAAGUUCAUAAUUUGACCUGUGCUCUCAUGCAGUGCACUCAAGAGCACCAAACAUGUAUGUAAGACUUCACAGACAAGGCAUAUCAUUUACUGCUUCUUGUUGAGGAACCAAGUAUUGUUUAGUACAAGCGAUAUGAAAACCUGUUGAGAAAUAAAAGAAAUUUCUAUGCUUCAUGCAUAGGAAAUAAUAAGAUAUGUAUUG